ACUAGUCAUCAGUCGAUGCUUGUGUUUGCUUUGCUUACAUCACGGACAUAAAACAAGUGACUACCACUUCAAUUCACUCUCAUACAAAAAAAACUCUUUCAAUUAAAAAAAAUAACAAAUUUGUUUGACAUUUUGACACUUCGUGUAAUAUACAAGAAAUUUCUACAAUAUUUUUAAAAUUCCCAAAAUUUUUGGCCAAAAAAAGAAAAACAAAAACUUUUUUUAAAAUAAGUGUGUGUUUUAUCCCGUAUCGAAACCGAAAAUGGAAAAUUUCAAUGAAGAGAUUACAAUAGAUACAACACAAGCAGCAGCACCCAUAGAUCCAAAAGAUAAAAUACGUCGCGAACAAGAUUCAUUAGAUGAUUUUGAACAUUUAGAGCAUAUAACAAAAGAUACAGAAAAAUUAAUUGACACCGGUGACAGUAGUGAUAUUCCACGUGCUCAAGUGAACGAUUUGGUUAGUGAUGCGCCAAUCAAUAACGUCGCGGCGUCAGGAACUGCAUUCGACGCAGGCGAUGAACUAAUAAUGUCAAAAGAAAAUAUUGAAGAAAAACAAGCAAGUGAAAAUAUCAAAGCAAUGGAAAUGAAUAUUGAAGAAUUAAAGAUACCUUCAGAGUAUAAUAAAAAACCCGAUUUUUUGGAUAAUGUUGAAACGGAUGAUAUAGUUAUCAGUGGUUUAACACCAACGGAUUUAAUAAAAAAUUAUCAAAAUUCUGAAUCGACAGAACAAAUUGAUUCGUUGUUAAAUGGUUUAAAAGCAACUACACAAAAUUUAUUGGAUUACGAACGUGGAGCUAGUGAUCAUUCUCAUGAAUCAAGUAAAAUUCAACCGUCAUUUAAUGAUUUGGCUGAUAAAUUUACUGACAGUGAUCCAGAUUUGGAUAUUGAUGAGGACCGAUAUUUGCAUGAUGAUCAUAAAGCUAAAUUUGCAUCGGCUGAUGAUUUAUUAAGAGCUGAUUCACCAACUGCGUUACCUUCUGAUCAGUUCAAGGAUGUGCUACAUGAGCUACAUGAUAGUGAUGAUAUGUUUUCGUCACCAACACCGAAAGAGGAAAUUUUAAGUGCUAUUCAACCUAGUGUUGUUCCAUCUGCUCCACCAGCGGAAAUUCCUGUUAAAGGGUAUAUGAUCGAACCAGAUGAACCAAUUCGUGAAUUUAUUCAGGAUGACUAUAUUGAACCUGUUAAACAACCUGAACCCGUGAAACAACCUGAACCUGUGAAGCAAACUGUAACAAAAGCGAGUAUCGAAAAGAAAUCGAGUAUUGAAUUAUCAAAGCCUUCGACUAGCACCGCUAAGAAACCUGAAGUUGGUAUUAUGCAAGCUGAAGAAAUGUUCCUUAAAAUGGGUCUUGAUACGUGGUUUAAUCCAGAAAGAUUACACCCUACGGUGGAAUCGUUAAUAUAUUGGCGUGACCCCAAAAAAUCUGGUGCAGUGUUUGGCAGUAUCCUAGUUGUACUGUUAUCACUCGCAUAUUUCUCACUCAUCAGUGUAACAGCAUAUAUAUCAUUGAUCGCACUGGUUGGAACAAUAUGUUUCCGAAUCUACAAGAAUAUUAUGCAAGCCGUACAAAAAACAUCAGAUGGACAUCCUUUCAAAGAAUUCCUCGAAUUAGAUUUAACAUUACCACAAGACAAAGUGAAGGAAGUUACAGAAUUAGUUGUGGCACAUAUUAAUGGCGGUGUAAACGAAUUACGACGACUUUUCCUUGUUGAAGAUUUAAUUGAUUCAAUUAAAUUUGGUGUUCUAUUAUGGUGUCUCACAUAUCUUGGUGCAUGGUUCAAUGGAAUGACUCUUAUCAUCAUCGGUUUUGUCGCACUUUUCACAUUACCCAAGGUAUAUGAGACAAACAAAACACAAAUUGAUGCCAAUCUUGAUAUUGUCAGAACUAAACUUGCUGAAAUUACAUCCAAAGUAAAAGCAGCCGUGCCAAUUGGCAAGAAAUCGGAAGAGAAAAAGGAGCAAUAGACAUACUAUAUUAGAAAAAGCGAGUGAUGGUGAUAGGGGGAAAUGAAAUCAUCAUACAAAUUAUUAUAUAGUUUUAAAACAAAAAUAUAAUAAGACUAAAAAGUACUAAAAAAAUACAAAUGGAAGAAUGCAAACAAACAAUGCAAAGACCAUGGAAAAAAUCAAAUACAUUCGAGUCAACGAAUAUUUGUCAUCAUUUUUCACGCAUCAUCAUUUUAAAGCGAAAUUCUUAUUUUUAAGAAUUUUUAAAAUAACCUCUUCUUCUCACAUCAAAAAAUUACAAACAAAACACAUUGUAUAAAAAAAAAUGAAAAUUAAUGUCGAUCAUGCAAAAUAUUUUCCCCUUUUAAAAAUAUUCUCACAGUGACCUGUGAGAAUGGUAGCUCUUCUCAUCCCCUCUAUAAUUAUAUAUAUAAGAUUCGUUAAAUUUAGAAAUUCAAAUGUGUAAAUAUUGUUUUUUUUCUUUUUAAUUCAAACAAUUUUA